GGCAAGGGCCACACUACAGCACCGAAAAUCCGCUCAACGAAACGUCGCGAUGUCAGCCAAGUCACGAGUCAACACCUCCGGUAACAAGCUGAAGAUGACCCUCGGUCUGCCAGUCGGUGCGGUCAUGAACUGCUGCGACAACUCGGGUGCCCGUAACCUCUACAUCAUCUCCGUCAAGGGCUUCGGUGCUCGUCUCAACCGUCUCCCGGCUGCAGGUGUCGGCGACAUGGUUAUGGCUACUGUCAAGAAGGGAAAGCCAGAACUCCGAAAGAAGGUCAUGCCUGCUGUCAUUGUGCGCCAGAGCAAGCCAUGGCGCAGAGCAGACGGUGUCUAUCUGUACUUUGAGGACAACGCAGGUGUCAUCGUCAAUCCUAAGGGUGAGAUGAAGGGCUCUGCUAUUACUGGACCUGUGGGCAAGGAGGCUGCAGAGCUUUGGCCGCGUAUUGCCUCCAACUCCGGUGUUGUGAUGUAAAAGGCUGGAUUUGGGAAAUGCUGAAUGACUGGGACUUUUUCAUGCAUAAGGAGCCGGCGUUGUAGCUAAGGUGGCUCGUCAGGGCUCAGUGUACAGCCACCGAGCUGGCGGGAGAUAACUUACUGGUCUCAAAAUACAGAUCGCGCUUCAUGAGUUCAAUGUUGCUCCUUUUCCAGUUUCGACGAUGUUCUUGCUGGGCUGUGACCGCCUGGACUCAGCGCCAAGGCAGCCAAGCCGAUGAUAAUGUCGAGGCCUGCUUUCUCCGGUCG